AAAAGAUUAGUAGGAAAGUGAUUGUACUUUAUCAGUACAAUCCAUAACUAACAUUAAGGGGGGGCAUGCAUGUCCACCCAAUAUUCAUAUUAGAUUAAUGGUUGAUUGUUGAAUAAUGUUUUCUGUGACACAAUGUUUUUAUACAUUUGUACAUGUUGUUGUUAUUAUUUACUUGUAUUUAUUUAUAUAUUUAUUUGUAGGAGAACAGCCAUAUUUUGUGUAUGUGUAUAUGUCACUACUUUUAAUUUAUUUUAAUUUAUUUAUUUAUUUUUAGUCCCCCAAUGCUGAAUAUGUGACUGAAAUGAAAAACUCUGUAAACCACUAUUAAAUCAUUGGUAAAUUAGGAAAAAAUCUUCACCAAAGUUCAUCAAAGUUCAAUUUCAGUCUCUAAAAUUAAACUUUUGCCCCGAUACUGCUUAUGUUUCAGGCUUGAAAGUUGAAGAUUGUGUGAUGAUUUGUUAGGAGUUGGAAAUUUUUUCUGACUAUUUCAUUCUCUAUGUCUCAUACACAUCUACUCUCUUUCUCACUCUGUGCUGAUGAUGUGGGGCUUCUUUUCUGUGAGUCUGCUGAACACGGCAUGUUUCAUUGUGUCAGUGUAAUCCUUACAGACUCAGCGCCAGGGUAUAAGAGCUGCGGGCAUGGCCAGACGCAAACACUCUCAGAGUGAACCCUGGGUACGGACACACACUCACUGAACACAGGUAAGACAGCAGAAUAUCCACUCACAUACACAUAAAACUUUAACCUAACAACUUGGAGAGUAUAAGAGGGUUGGUUUUGAUUUGCAUCACCAUAAUGAACACCACCACCCCACACUUCCCCUUUGCCCCUACCACUUUGUUUCCCCAAAGACCCACUAUAUCCAUUCCAAACAUAUAUUUUUGACUUUUUCAUCUCCUAAAACACUUUAUCCCUCUCUUUCAGCAUAGACAGGAUCAAAUAUUAUGUAUACUAGAGGUUGCCCCUCCCAUUUCUUUAUUAUUUUAUAUUAGUUAUAUGAAUUUCCUUUUUAUUAAUUCUCUAUUUUUAAUUUUACCUCAGGCAUCAUGUCUUCCAGCGGAGAAAAAAAGACCGCCUCCCAGACCGACGGCAAGGCAGCCCAGAGCAAGAAGUCCGAGAUGGGCAUGAUGUCCUACAGGAUGUAUGUGUUUGACCAGGAGAACUUCCAGGGACGCAUGAUUGAGAUCAACGCCGAGUGCAUGAACGUUUGUGAUAUGGGCAUGGACAGAGUUCGCUCACUACGUGUGGAGUGUGGACCUUUUGUGGGCUUUGAGCAGAUGAACUUCUGCGGUGAGAUGUACAUCCUGGAGAAGGGCGAGUAUCCUCGUUGGGAUUCUUGGAGCAACUGUCAGAAGAACGAUUACCUGCUUUCCUUCAGACCUGUCAGAAUGGACCCUGAGAAGCACAAGAUCUGCCUGUAUGAGGUUGGUGAGUACAAGGGCCGCAAGAUGGAGAUCAUGGAUGAUGACGUUCCCAGCCUGUUCUCCUACGGAUUCACCGACAGAGUUGGCAGCAUCAUGGUCAGCUGUGGAACCUGGGUGGGCUAUCAGUACCCCGGAUACCGUGGCAGCCAGUACCUGCUGGAGAAGGGUGAAUACAGACACUUUAACGAGUAUGGCGCCCGUUGCCCUCAGUUUCAGUCUGUGAGGCGUAUCCGUGACAUGCAGUGGCACCCGCACGGCUGCUACACCAUGGCCAGCAAGUGAGGGCCAGACCCGGAGAGGAAGAGGAGAGGUGAAGUAGAGGGAGAAGGGCGCAAGAGAAAGGAGACGAGGAGAGACGUCUGAGAGGCUGCAUCUUCCCCAUGCCACUGUUAUGAAGGGCGGAUGUUUUCGAGGUGACAGACUCCCUGACUCACAUUGCAGUCUGUGUCUGUCGAGCUGUUAAAGCCCAGCAGGGCAGUGAUUCUCCCAGGCCUCUUAGUGUCUCUGUGUAGGGUGGAGGCACCGAUAAACACACUUCCCUCUUCCUCCCUAGUUCCUCUCUUCUCUUUCUCUCCUGCAUCAUGGCUUCUUUUCUUUCCUUCCAUAAUUUAUUUACAUUUUUUUGUCAUCCGUUCUAUACCCUGCCCACAUCCCCCUUUUCCCCAGGAGGAUGGAAAGAGAGAGGGAGAAAUUAAGGGAUGAGGAGAGUGAAGCUCUUGUGCCCUAGAAAUCUCUCUUUGCUUGCUGUACAGAUUCCUGGUCACCUUUUCAAUAAAAACCUAAAAGCUUGAUAACAAAUUUUGUCUUUGUCAAUCUGUUCAUGUCAUGCAUAUAUAAUCAUGGCUGUUAAUAAUAAUCAUGAGGCCCAGAAUGAAAUUUGCACUAUAUGAAGGACAGCAGUGUAUUUUCACAGGAGUGUGAAAUGUAAUGUCAGUUUACAUGUUGUGGGUUUACAUCCUGAUUUUUAAAGCAUUUUAAUUAAGUUAGAUUAUUUUAAUAUCAAUUAUUUUAAAUAAUAGUAUGCUAAAUACAGUACGUCUAUGCCAAAAGUCCCCAGAUGGUCUUACCGUAGAUUUUUUUGAUGUAGGCUAUGGAUCCGUGGCUGAUAUCGCCCACUGUCCAUUGCGCUUUGGAUGAUUCGGUUCAACUACAAACACGAAAAAAAGAGCCAGCUGCUAUAGGCCUACCUUUGACGCAUACGGGAUGCCUCACAUUACCGUAAAAAAGACACGCCAGACAGUAAAAACGUCCACGGGGCCGGUCAAGGAAAAGCCUUUCUCUGAUAGCCUAUUAUUAAAAGUGCCUCAACAGGGGCACGUUCAAGCUCAAACCGGUGCGCAACGUUUUGCUACGGUUUCCGGGUUGAACGACAUGUUUCCUGGAAACGGUGUGCAACGGGUUUGAGAUACGUUUUCUCUUGUUUGGUGGGUGUGUCAAAACUGUCAGCACAAUCAGCAACAGCAUGUACAUAAACCACGCGGUAUUAAAGAGACAGCUCGCACAAUGGGUAUGAAUGUAACAUAAAAGUACUAUACAUAUUUAUAUAUUUUGCUAAUGUAUUUUAGAGUGACACUUUCAUAAACUUUUCUAUUCUCCUCUGAUUAUAUAAUGGUAAAUAUUACAAUAUCAUAGCACAACAAUAGUGAUCAUCAAUAAUGAUAAGCCUAAUACUCACAAUAAAAAAUAAUAAGGUCAUAGAUCAUAACACAGUCUCGGAGGUAAGAAGUGGAUUAUCCUUCAUCUGAAAUGUUUG